AUGGGAGACAAGAAAUCGGAUAUGUAUGAUGUUAAUUGGCAAAAGAUAUGGCCUGAUCGUAUGCCUGUGAUAUUACGUGAUUUAGCACCUACAAAUCCUUUUAAUCCACGUAAUUUAUGGCCUGAAGAACAUGAAGAAGAGAGUCAAAAAACAAUGAUAAAUGAUGACUCAAUGACUACCACCCCAACAGCAGCUGCUAUAAUAUCAAAAGAUAAGAAGAAAUCAAUGACAAAAGAAGAAAAAAGCCUGAUACAUACUACAGUAUCUCCUGGUACUACAAAGUUAAAGAAAGCCGAUUUAAUUCGGAUGCAAUUAGCAAAGAAUAAAGCUCAGAAACAAAGUAAAGUCGAUGAAGAAAAACUUGCAAAUGUGAAAAAGUCCAAGAAUCUACUUGAAAUGAAAAUGGUCACGCCAACAGGUCGUUUAAAACAAUUAUAUGAGAUUUUACGUGAUUGUUGCAAGAAAAAAGAAUAUACAGAUGCAGUGGAUACAUUGUGGGAAAUUCAACGCACGAAAUUCAUGCCUGCACGCUCAAUUAAUGGUCUAGAUGGACGAAAAAAGCAUGAAAAACAAAAGAAAAUGGAUGAAGAAGAAGACGCCAAGCUCUUGGCAGAACUCAAUGCUGUUCAUAAAAAGUAUCGGAAAUACGUAAAGAUUGUCAAUGAGUAUUUAAAUGGUAAAGACUUGAUUGAGUGGCAACUUACAGAAAUGUCCGAUCGGCUACCACCUCUUAAUAUGCAUCACAUGAACAAGUUUAUCCUCGAUGACUGGCAGCGCACAGUAUUGUCCCACAUUGAUCAGAAGAACUCGGUUAUUGUGUGUGCGCCCACAAGUUCUGGCAAGACAGUGUUAUCGUCCUACGUGUCGGUAGUAGGAGGAAAAGUGCUGUUUAUUGUUCCCACUGAUCCGCUUGCGUGGCAGGUAGCAGCGCUGUUCCAGGCGAUGGUGAAAGGCUCUGUUGCUUUGAUAACCGAGGGAACGGUAUUCCUACCGCCCGGGUUUCGUGUUGCUGUCGGUACGCCUCGUGCUGUGGAAUCUACGCUCGUUGACAUUGGCUAUGACUUUCAGUACGCCGUGUACGAUGAGGUCCACGACUUGAAUGGGCCGGAGGGUGACGCGUUGGAACGUAUCAUCAAGGCCGUGACGUGCCCUUUCUUGGCACUAUCUGCCACGAUCGGGAAUGCUCAGAAGCUAAAAAGCUGGUGGGAGUCACACCUUGCGCACAAAGUCCACUUGCUUGAGUACAAAGGCCGUUUCAUUAACCUGCAGCGCAUUAUCUGGUACGAGGAAGAGGCAGCAGAGGAGGGUGCCAACAAGAAGCACGAAAUGGUGUAUUUGCACCCUUGCGCUGGUGUUACUCUGGAUUAUCUAAUGACCAUUGGCUUUGAUGCUGGUGACCUGGCGUUCACUCCUCGCGACGCGUUCGCUUUAUGGCAGGCUAUGGAGAAAUUUUACCCAGCUGAAUUGAUUGCAGACGUAGACCCGCACAACUUUUUUGAACUCGAGGAUGAGACUGAAGCUGGAACUGCGGCAUCUGUUACACUGCAGAAGAAGGACAAAAAGUCAAAGAAGGACAAAAAGUCGAAAAAGGACAAAAAGUCAAAGAAUGAUGAUGACGAUGAGGAUUAUGUUGUUGACCUUGGCACACGCACUCACCGUAUCACGCUCACGGAGUCUAAGAAGUAUGAAGACAAGAUCAAAAAGUGCUUAGAGGAUCUCGCUUCGAAGGAGCCCAAGGCAACGCAGUCGCUUCUUGACUCUUUUGCGCCUCCGGCAAGUCUGCAAGACGUCACUGUGGCGUUUCACGACCCACGAGACACUAACCCUACCGGUUCGGUGGACGUGCACGCUCUCGUAAACCAGCUUUGCGCCAAGAAUCUUGUUCCCGCCAUUGCGUUCCAGCUUGAUUCGGUUCGAUGUCGCCAGCUUUUCAAUCAGCUUUUGGCGUCCAUUGAGGCAGCUGAAACUGCAAAGUACCCGAACUUUCGUGAAAAGGUACAGCUUGAGUACGCAGAGUGGGAGAAAAACCAGGCGGCUAUGAAAAAGCGUGAGGCGAAGGUGAAGGCAAAGGGCAAAGAGGAAGAUGACCGCGAGUCACAGGCAUUUGAGGAGAAGCCGCCUCCCGAUAUUUAUGCUCCUCACCCCGAUUUUGUGUUGACUCCCGCGGGUUCCCGUCUUACUGCCACCGAGUUCAAGGAAAUUAAGUGGCAGUUGCGUCGUGAACUGUCUGAAGACUCCGAUGACGGACACGCGCUGGUGCGUUCACUGCGGCGUGGUAUUGCUAUUUACAACCAGAAUCUGCCCGCGGCGUACCUCCGUAUUGUGCAGGCGCUUGCCCAGGCUGGUCGUCUAGCGGUUGUAUUCUCGGACGACUCGCUUGCCUACGGUGUAAACAUGCCGUUCCGAACGUGUUGCUUCUGUGAAGAUACUGCGGACGACGUCUUGACCUCUCUAAUGGUCCAGCAAAUGGCUGGCCGUGCUGGACGUCGAGGUCUAGACAGACAGGGUAAUAUUUUGUUUGCUGGUCUGUCGUGGUCCCGUAUCCAAUUCUUAAUGCGCGGUCUGCUGCCGGAUGUCACGGGCCGUAAGUCUCUGUAUCCGACGAUCGCUUUACAGAAGUUGCUUUCGAAUAAUGUCAUGAGCGACAUCAUGCAGCGCAUUGUUGCCCACCCGCUGGAUGAGUACAUGGUCAAGGACGCUACGCCCUCGUCACCGAAGAAGCAGGAUUCGUACUUGACUAAGUCUGUGGAAUGGAUGACUCACUUUGGUUUGAUGAAACCGGAGUACAGUCUAGCAGUCGAUGUGUCUGUUGCUAAGCUGGUGUGGGAGUGUCGCGAUGAUCCGUCCGAGGCGAUGGGAAUUUUCUGGAUCUUGGACGCUGUACUGAAAGAGUUUCACCACAAACCUGGUGACAACAUUGCACUUCAGCUCGCUCUGUUUAACAUGCUGUUGCGCGUUGUUGGUCGCGAAAAGUUUCACCCGGAGUACGCUCAUGGAUCGGAGCUUGCCCCUCUUCCUGGACAAGAAGAGGUUUGGGAGAAAGUGUCGAUCUUGCUUCAGUCGUACGAAGACAAGCUGAAUGAGCUGGGAGAGAAUGCACCACCGGAACUGCGAAUGCGGGUAGCUCUAUCCGAUCCGUUGGACGGCUACGUCUUCCGUACUGUCGUGGAGAAUCUGAUUCCGCAAGGUCUCGGUACACUGCAGCUAAAUCAGAUCAAGAAACGUCUGCGUCAUGUGGGCGAUCGUUUGCGUUUGAUGCACAACUUGCUGAUGUACAGUGGACGUUACGGUGAACUGGAAGAAAUCGUGCGUAAGUGUUUCCGUCGUAUCAAGUGGAUCCUCACUGAUUCGGAAGUGUAA